UCACUCAGUCUUCGACCUGAAAGCGAGUGUGGCUUCCUUUUACCUUUUAACCUACCUCUAAGUAAUAGUCAUAAACAGUUGUCAAUCGAAGAUUUACAGUAGUACUCCUCCAAUUCUGCAUAAAUUCUAUGAUUGGGAUUGACGGAAAUCGUUAAUACGGAAACCUUUGGAAGUUUUCGAAAAACGAAACUGAUGUUAGGCACAUUUCUCUGGAUAUCGUUAACCUCCUCCAUUGUAGUCUAUUACUUGAUAGUGUACACAUUCCAAUCGCAGCCAAAUCAACCACAAGCCAAAGCUAUGUCAAACAAUAUCUCUCUGGAAGAAAGGUAUGAGGCCUGCAUGGUUCUUAGUGGAGUAGGGGAUGCUUUGGCUUACAACCACGGGGACUGGGAGUUCGAGCAGAAUGGCAAGGUCAUCCAUGCCGAGGUGAAGAAGAAAGGAGGUAUUGCCAAACUGGACGCCAAGCACUUCCCUGUCAGUGACGACACUGUGAUGCACCUGGCCACGGCCGAGGCUCUGGUGGAGGCAGGGGAAGGAGCCACUCUCCCUCAGGUGUACCUCACCUUGGUGAGAGAGUACAUCAAGAGCAUGAAGGAUAUGCACGGGAGAGCCCCUGGUCUUACCUGCAUGUCAAUGAUGGACACACACAACAAAAGGAACGACCAGGACUGGAAGGUAAAAUUUAACCGGAAGGGGGGUGGGUGUGGGGCGGCCAUGCGAGCCAUGUGUAUCGGCUUGCGCUUCCCCAACCCAGAGCAGGAGGACCUGUUGAUCAACCUGAGCGUGGAGAGCGGCCGUCUGACUCAUCAUCACCCCACCGGCUACCUGGGCUCCCUGGCCGCAGCCCUGUUCACGGCCUACGCGGUGAGGGGCAGCCCCCCUGUGGAAGCCUGGGGUCAUGGGCUCAUGGAGGUCCUGGAGAAGGCUAAGCAGUAUGUGAAGGAUGCAGGCCACUGUGUAGAGGAGAACCUCCUGCACUGGAACUACUUUGAGGAGUCCUGGAGGAAGUACCUGGAGAAGCGCAACAUCCUGGACGGUAAGAGUCAGCCCCUCUUUCCCGAGGUGUACGGCAUCCAGGAGAGAGAGGAGUUCUACAAGUCGUUGAGCUUCCAGGGUACUGGGGGUGCCAGCGGGCAUGAUGCCCCCAUGAUCGCCUACGAUGCCCUGCUGCGGGCCGGGGAGUCCUGGGUGGAACUGGCCAACCACGGCUUCUUCCAUGGCGGCGACAGUGAUUCGACGGGUGUCAUCGCGGCUGCGUGGUGGGGGGCUCUGUAUGCAUACACGGGGGUGCCCAAGGUGAACUACAAGGGGCUGGAGUACCGAGCCAGACUGGCAGGAGUGGCAAAGCAGCUUUACAAGCUCAGGGGAAAACCCCUGCUUAUGAAGUAAAUGGAAAUGUUAUUUAUGUAUAAAGCUACAUUAUGGCGUAAAUAAUAAAAUGCUCUGAACGUUUUAAAAACAGGUCAAAACGGUUUGCUAGUCUACCCUUACCAGUCUGAGCAGUCGGCUAGUAAUGCUCUAAUCUAUUAAUUAUAUCAGUUUGUAAACCAAGAUUACUUCUAGUUGGCCCGUUCAACAUUUCUGAAUUGAUGAAAAUAAUCAAAUGUGAUAAAUAUAUGAACACGCAUGUAGAAGAAAUUUGCCAUUACUACAUUAUACUUAGUACUGUUAGUAUAGUUAGAGUUGUACACCACUAUAAAAGAUUUAUGAUCCCUAUAUGUUGAAUGUAUGCACCUUCCUGCCAAAGUAAAUUCCUUGUCUGCAAACUUUCAUGGCGAUUAAAACCCCUUUCAGAUUCUGAACAGGAUGCAUCCAUGCAAAAUGAUACGGGUGUGACUUUUGUUAUAGCCAGCAGGUGGUGCUGAAAGCACACGAAUCAAAUGCACAAAGUCUUUCUGCAUUUGACUUCCUGCAAGAGGUCUAUUCAAUCCUGAGGGUUCUGUCUCGCACCACUAAUCAGAAACACAUAUUUGAUCUUAAGUGAUUCUUACCAGACUUCCUGUGAAACACGACUAACACACUUACACAUCACCAAGUGUCGGUUGAGAUCCGACCAUCCUACACUCUUCAUAUAGAAACCUACAAACAGAAGCCAAACCUAAAUAGAAGAAUUUUCAU